UUCUCAUAAAUAUGCACUUCAGUUCUUAGCUUCGUUUAUAAGACUCCAGCCCUUUCUGCUCUUCACUCUUUCUUCUUCCUCCAGCUUGAUUUUCGUCAAGGUUUAGAUCUCAGAUACAACAGCCAUGGCGGAGAAGGUGACAGUAAUGGUGCUGAAGGUAGAUUUGCAGUGCUACAAGUGCUGCAAGAAAGUCAAGAAAGUUCUCUGCAAAUUUCCUCAAAUAAGGGACCAGGUCUACGAUGAGAAAUCCAACACCGUGAGAAUCACAGUCGUUUGUUGCAGUCCGGAGAAGAUCAGAGACAAGCUUUGCUGCAAAGGAGGCGGAGCCAUCAAGAGCAUUGAGAUUCUUCAACCGCCGGCAAAACCCAAAGAGCCGGAAAAGCCUAAACCUGCACCGGCACCGGCGCCGGAAAAACCUAAAGAAGCAGAGAAGCCCAAACCUCCGCAGGAGAAGCCAAAAGAGGCAGAGAAGCCAAAACCGGCGCCGCCUAAGGAGGCUGAGAAGCCAAAGCCGGUGCUGGUAAAGCCCAAAGAGGCGGAGAAGCCAAAACCGGCGCCGGAAAAACCGAAAGAGGCAGAGAAGCCUAAAGCUCCGCCAGCUGCUGAUAAGCCAAAAGAGGCAGAGAAGCCUAAAGCUCCGCCAGCGGCAGAGAAGCCAAAGGAAAAGCCGCCGGAGCCCAAACCGGGGCCGGUCCCCGUUCCGGCAUUCCCGCCGCCGCAAGUGUUCCAAGCGUGUUGUGAGCCGUGCUACCAUGGUCAUGGUUGGGGAGCACCACCGCCGCCAUGCUACGAGACGUUCGGUAGGCCGGUGUUUGACAGCUGGGGCGGCGGCGGCGGCGCGUACAGGCCGUGUUAUAACGUCAACAGAUGUGAUUAUUUUUGUGAAGAGAAUUCUCAAGGCUGCACCGUUAUGUGAAUCAGUGUAAUUUCGUCAUCGUCAUCUUCAUCAUCAUCUCUGGUUCGCAAUAUCUGGAUCUGGGUUCAGUUUUUUUUUUUUUUGAAAAAAAUGAUCAUAAUAAUAAUGAGAAUAAUAUAGAAGUUUAUUGGGUACAUAUAUAUAUAAAAUAUAUAUAUAUAUAUGUACAGCAUGAGAAAAAUGGUUAAUAAAGUCUGCUGGUGGGAAAUUGGUUGUUCAUCA